GCAAGCAGCAGAGGGCUGCCGAAAACACCAGCGCCCGCCCAGCCCGAAGAAGAGCCCCGCGCCGGAUCCGCAGUCCUAGUCUCGAUUCGGAGCGGCAGAAGCGCUGCUGCGGAAAGGCAGCAGGAUGAGUAACAAGCCAUUGAAGGAGAAGCUCCAGGCCCUGCAGUGCCAUUUCACCUGGCCCUUUGAGAUCAAGGACAAGGUGGAUGCAGUCCACAUCCUGCAGACGCUGGCUCUCCAUGUGGAGCACACACUGUAUCGCAAUCGCAGCACUUACCUCGCCAUGAGGGCGUACCUGCACCACCUCCAAGGGUGCUACAAGGAGGCUCUGCAAAGCCUCCGAGAAGCCGAGGAGGCUCUGAAGCAAGACCAUCCGGCCAACUUCUCCCGCCAGGUCCUGCUCAUCUAUGGGAACUACGCCUGGGUUUAUUAUCACUUCACCAAUUACGAAAUGGUGGAGCUCUACCUGGGCCGGAUUCGUGAGAUCUGCCGGUCCCUCUCCAGCCCUGACCCAUAUUCCGUGCUGAUCCCUGAAAUCUAUGCUCAGAAAGGCUGGUCUCUCCUGGCCGUGGGCUUCCGGAAUGGGGAGCAGGCCAAAGAGUGCUUCCAAAUGGCGCUGAAGGGAGAGGAGGAGUCGUCCAAUGAGGAGUUCCAGGCUGGUCUGGCCAUCUCCACCCAUGCCUCCUGGACCCAUUCUUGGGCAGAGGACCUUCGGAAAGAGGCCAGGAAACUACUGGAAGAGGUUCUAUUUUGUCAGCCCCAAAACCAUGAAGUCAGAGUAUAUUUGGCUAGAGUGCUCUGUGAUACACAUCCGCAGAGAGCAGAGAGCCUUGUGGAAGAGGCUGUCCAGAGCAGCCUCAACCCUGAAGUCCUGAGAAAUGCCUCCAAAGUGUACCCACCACAAUCCCUUCCCCGAGCCAUUGAGGUCUUGCAGAGGGCCAUCUCCCUGGAUCCCAGCUUCCACCUCCUGCACUAUGACCUGGGCAUUGCCUAUUGGAAACAAGUGAACAAAGCAUCUCCACAAGAGAAGGGAGAUAUCAUAGUGGCUGCCACCGAGAGCUUCAGACGGGCUGUGGAAACCGAUCCCCUGUCCAUAUUUGCCAGGCUGAAGUUGGCUAUACUAUACGGGGAAAAGUCCUCCGAUUACGAGGAAGAGAUUUAUCAGAACCUGCUGGAUGAGAUGCCGAGUGCCAGCAAAAGAUGCCAGCAGAAAAUCUACCUCCACUGGGGGGACUUCCUCCUCUAUAAGAAGGGACGGAAGGAAGAGGCCCUGGAGAUGUACAAGGCAGGUGUCCUGAUCCCAGGAGACCAUCCUCUGGAGAAGAAACAGCUGAAGACGCGACUGAAGUCACUGGCAAGGAUGUUCCAGCAAGACUCUGAGGCAGACUCAGCUAGGUGUAUCUACCGCUUCCUUGAAACAGUGGAAGAUCGGGAGCCAGGUCAUCGGGAGAGAGCCCCAUGGGGCCACAGCUCCCAGGCUGGGAGAUAGGAUCCUUUCCUCCAUAACAGUAGUGGAGGGGGCUGAGGUGUCACUCAGCUUGCCACCAGACUGGAAAUCUGCCAUCUUCUGGGAGGGUCUUCUUAUAGCAAUAGCACUUACAUUUAUAUACCGCUCUAUAGCUGGAAGCUCUCUAAGCGGUUUACAAUGAUUUAGCAUAUUGCCCCCCAACAUUCUGGGUACUUAUAGCAAAUCUCUGGCUCUUGUUAAAACUGUUUGCACUUUGGCACCACAGGAAAUGCUGUUUGCUUCAGCGUUCCUCUUCAUGUCCCCCAAAUAAAACCUUCUGGGUGUCUCUGAUAAGAGUGAGAAAAUUUCCUGUGGAAGUUGUAUGUUGCAUGUAAUUUAUCUGUUGCUUAAAAUGUAUCCAGAUGUUCUGUACAAGAAGUGAUCCCUGGCGAUCUUUCCAGUGCUAGGCAAAAGCCGCCCAGAUUUUUAAGGCUUCAUCCUAAGGUUUUAUCAGCUGCUUUGACCUUUUAGUUGCUGUUUUAUUGUGAACUGCCCUCAGGGUCGGCUUUUCCUAUGAGGCAAGAGAUGCGUUGCAUCGGAGCGCCACCCACUGGAGUCUGGGAAGGUGCCGAUGGAACUUGAAGAAAAGCAACAGGCUUUUCUGUCUCUUUCUUCUCUGCAGCCAAGUGGAUUCCGAAGUGGAUUGCAAUGCAAAGACAGACAGACUCACAGAGGUGGGGGUGGGUGGGGUGGCUUCCCUUUGUUCUCCCAGCUGCCCCCUCUGGGCUCUGGCUCAGUCUGAGUCAACAAGUCAUCAAGUCAAAACAAAGGGACUCUCUUUGUUUUGCAAAGGGUCUCUCAAACAAACUUGACCAGAGCCAUGUAGAAAGAGGCUCUCCUCCUCCCCUUGCUUGCUCUGGGCUAGGAGAAAGGAGACAUGGGGAGCAAGCAAGACCACAGGCACAGUCUCAUUUCAAAGAGGAAGCAUCCUUUAUCAUUCCUAUUUCAAAAACAGUAAGCAAAAAUGGAGGGGUGCUUAUGGGGGAUGUAUGUUUUGUGAAAUAGGGAGAUACCAGGCAUGGAAUCACUCUGUGUCUGUGAUUCUGGGGAUGGCAGAGUAUUGAAUGCAAAACAUGCAGUGCCUGUAGAAUCCAGGGCAAAAAUGCAGUAUGUUUUAGUUGCUUAAUGCAGUAUAAUGUUCAAUUUAAUUUUCAGUAUGAUUAUUUUGAGUUAAUUGAGUACAAUUUACAGGCAUAAGUAGGGACUAUUUUUUAAAGGGUGAAAAUAAGGAGCAAGGACUACGUGAGUGUUUUGCCUGCUUAAUCAUGAAUGUAUCCACAAAAUUGAGAUUAAUUGGCACAAAGGAAAAAGCCUGUGUGUGAUCUUGUGUAAGUUUCAGUGAUGAGAUAGAGGGGAGUAAGAAGGAUUUUGUGAGUGGUUGUUCAUGCUGGCCAGUGAAUUGCUGUAAUGAAUACCUUACUUAUAUGUUACACCUUAGUUUAAAGAAUAUACAUACGGAUAUCUCUCUCUCACUCACACACACACACUCCUCAUUUAGUUCUGGACAUUUAAAGGGUAAAGUGUGCUAUUGAGUUGGUGUCUACUCCUGGUGACCACUGAGCCAUGUGGUUAUCUUAGGUAGAAUACAGGAGGGGCUUACCAUUACCAUAUCCCGUGCAGUAUGAGAUGAUGCCUUUCAGCAUCUUCCAUGUAGCAUGUGUAUAAAUGUGGUUUAGUGGUUAGAGUGCUGGACUAGGACUGGGGAGACCUGAGUUAAAAUCCCCAUUCAGCCAUGAAACUAGCUGGGUGACUCUGGGCCAGUCACUUCUCUCUCAGCCUAACCUACUUCACAGGGUUGUUGUGAAAGAGAAACUUAAGCAUGUAGUACACCGCUCUGGGCUCCUUGGAGGAAGAGCAGGAUAUAAAUGUAAUAAUAAUCUGUAAGGGACAGAGGAGCCAUGCGAUUUCAUAACCCAAUGAGAAAUGAACCUGUUCUUCUAUAUGCCAUAAAUAAUAUAGCUUGAGAGGCAGAUACUUGUCUCUUCUCAGCUAUCCUGGAGACCUUACUUCUUGUAAAGUCAGAGCCAGAGGUGAGGGGCUGGAGGUGAGAUAUAAUGUUUUUGUGUGCCACACUGUGCAUGGCGCAUUAUUUGCGUGUAGGAACAUAGGAAGAUAGGAAGCUGCCAUAUACUGAAUCAGACCAUUGGUCUAUCUAGCUCAGUAUUGACUACACAGACUGGCAGCAGCUUCUCCAAGGUUGCAGGCAGGAAUCUCUCUCGGCCCUAUCUUUUGCCCCCAUACUAGGGAAUUGGAACGUUCCCCUUCUCGUAAUCAGGUUAGUAAACCUGUAUGUCAUUUAUGCAAUGCUCCUGCAUAGGAAUAGGGAGGGAAGACGCGACCAAGAGGUUCACGUGGAUGAGACAGUAAAUCUCUUCUGGAAAAGUUGGUAUGGUUAUGUGCAAAAAGACAAGAGUAUCUCUUCUAAACAGCAAUGGGACAAAUUGUGGAAAUGGACGUCGGACGUAACCCCCCCCCCCCCCCGAUUACCUGAUGUGCCUUGUAAUCCCCCACCCCUGAGUUACAGUACUACCUGCAUAUACUUCAUAACCUUGUGGGUUUCCAAAUCCUUGUGUGUAAAUCUUUGUAGAUACAUCAUGUACAAACAACCACUUUGUAUAUAAUUGUGCUUUGGCAACGUACUGUAUGCUUUGGUAGUUUGUUGGUUCAAUAAAAAAAUCUUGUCCUAUUAAAAAAAAAAAAUCUUGUCCCUUGGAGAAGCCAGAGAGGGAACUUGAAACCUUCUGCUUUUCCCAGAGCAACUUCAUCCCCUGAGGGGAAUCUCUUCCAGUGCUGCUCACACAUCAAGUGUCCCAUUCAGAUGCAACCAGGGCAGACCCUGCUUAGCUAAGGGGACAAGUCAUGCUUGCCAGCACAAGACCAGCUCUCCUCCUAUUGUAUCAGUUUGAAUCUGUAACUGACAUUUCCAUCAGUUCCCCCUUUCAAGUGGCAAUGACAGAAGCUGAUGACAAAGGUGUGCUAUCCCUUUAAAUGCCACAGGCCUUGGACGGUUCUAAGCCAGGCCUGCCUUCUGACAGCUGGGAUGGAUCCUUCAGCCUUGGCUGCUGUUCCCUGAUGGCUUGCUUGGAUUCUUGCAGUCCUCAAUCUGGUCUCUCUUUAUUUUAUUUAUUUAUUUAUUAGAUUUAUAUACCGCCCUGCAACCAAAAUGGCUCAGGGCGGUUCACAACAUGAUAAACAAUUAAAACAAAUUAACUAUUAAAAGUGGGUAGCCAUGCCCCAGGUCAUCAGUAUCUAGCCAGCAAUGACUCUCUUCCCUGGUAAACGGACUUCCUGAAAGGGAACAGGCACCUUAGCUCUUUGCCUGCCUUUCCUCCUUCAGCUCUGACUCCAUCUUCAGCCUUCUUCCUAAGACUUCUGUGUCAUACAGUAUCUUCCACCCAAUCUGCCUGAAACCCACUAGGACCGGGGAGACCCGAGUUCAAAUCCCCAUUCAGCCAUGAGACUUGCUGGGUGGCUCUGGGCCAGUCACUUCUCUCUCAGCCUAGCCUACUUCACAGGGUUGUUGUGAGGAGAAACCUAAGUAUGUAGUGCACCGCUCUGGGCUCCUUGGACGAAGAGCGGGAUAUAAAUGCAAAAUAAUAAUAAUAUUAUAAUAAUACAUAAUUAUAUACAAUGUUAUGUACAUAGUUACAUAAAAUCUUUGUGUAUUAAAUUUUGACUACACACUAAUUUUAUUUUGAAUUUUUAUUUUUCACGAUAA